ACUUGGUUCAGCUCGAUUUUUUAUCUCUGCAGUUACUUUCCUCUUCGAAUAAUUGUGACCGCGACAUCAUAUUGAAGAAACACUAACAAUUGAAAGAUGAAACAACAGGCAAAAACAACAAAUAACAACCAUACAACAGUUGCUACUGCCAACACAGUUGGAAAUUUCACCUGUUCAACAAGUACAUCAUCUCUCGUGCAAAAUUCAUCACCUGAAUUUGCAUUAUCCAAAAACAAUAAUCAACAACAACCUGCCUCAUCAUCAUUAUUCUUUAAAUUUGCAGAGGACGAUAGGAGAGCAACAACAAGUCAAUUAGAUGAUGAUUCUCCAAUCUUUAUAAAUCAUCAAAAUCAGCCUAAUAUUCAACAUCAUAAUAAUAAUAUUCAUCAUCCACAUCCUCAUCCAUCAUCAGCAACGAGAACGAGAACAAGAGAAACCAUUUUCACCAUCCUCUCCUACAACACAAUUUCCCUCACCAUCUCUUCUCCUACUCAAUCAGAAGCAUCACAGAGACUUUCAUUGGCAUCUUCCCUUUCACCCACCAUGAUAUUUAAUGAACAAGAGUUAUCUGCAAUGAAUAAUAAUGGACUAUCAAUGAAUUCACCUGGAGAAUUGAAUAAUUCAUCUAAAAGUCGUUGGUCAAAAUUGAAGAGCGCCUUUAAGAGGGAAUCUAAACAGCAACCUUCAGCCGACCGUUUAAAAUCUUUCCAACAACAGUAUGGAGAUUCGGCUGUGCAAAACUAUUCUACACAAGUUUCGAAUAACAAUAUUGAUGUAGCCAGUCAUAGUUUUGCAGCUUUACCUUCAUCAGCUAGUAAUCAUUCUUCAUUGAUUCAUUCUUCGAAAUCUUCUCCUUCACUGUAUAAUACAACAACAACUCCAGAGAAUUAUUUCAGAGAAAGCAUUUCUGAUUCGAAUAAUAAUAACCAUUUAGUUAAUCAUCUCUCGCCACACCAUGCUCCAAGCAGUAGCAAUUCAAGUAUGACCAGUUCUGUAAAUAGUGUCAUUAGCUUCAAUCAGUUUCUACAAUCAUCAAGUAGUGGAAAUUCAAUUGUUUCGCCAAUGAGUAGUAGUACUCUGAGUAGUGUUGGAGUUUUGGAAAAUCCAAUGAUUACCACAAUAAUGAAUGGAGAUUCUUCAAGAUUUUCUCCUCCACUCUCACAUCUCAUCGUAGAUAGUGGAAGAGGAACAACAACGAGUCCACCAUCUCCAUUCUCCGAGAAUUUAACAAUACAAACUCAUAAGAGGGUGACAUCUCCUCUCUCAAUUCAAUCAUCAGGAAAUGAAAUGAUUAUUCAAAAACAAGGUUUGACUGAAAAUUACAAUGUAAACAAUAAUACAUCACCAUAUACACCUCCAACACCAAACGAAAAUUCAGAUGAACCAGCUCUGCAAACAACAAGGAAAACUAAAGGAAAUAUCAAAAAAUUGAUUUCAAUGUUAACACCAAGAAGAAAGAAGAGUACUUCUUCAAAAUCAGAACCUUCAAAGGCAACUCAGUCAAUAACUUCUCCAAGUAAUGAAGGUGAUCCUGCUUUGUUGGAUGUAGCUCACAAGAGAAAACUCUUUGAAAAACGAUCUUCCACUGAAGCAAGUAUGCUCAAAGAUCAAACUCCAAAGACACCUCGAGCAGCAGAUGACGAACAAAUUCAAAGAUUGGUCAAUGAAAAAAUUGUCUCAUCAAAAAUUCAACAAUUUAUUCAGAAUGAGGAAAGUAUAAGUCUAUCUCAGAGAAAGUAUAGCGUCUCUGGUAAGAUUGCUAACUGGCUCAAAAAUGGAAAUUCAGAGAAUAGACUCUCUCGAUCCUUUACAGACGAAAAGAAGGAUAAGAGAAAGUCUGUAUUCGAUUUUGGUAAAAGAGAAUAUGAUUUGACUCCAGUCAUUGCGACAACAUCACCAUCCGAUACUCCAACAUUGAGUAAUUCUACUAAUGAAAAAUUGAAAAGAUUAAUCAACAAACACCACUCAGCUAACACUCCUUAUACGAAUCCACUUUCUACUCUCCUUGACGAAAAAGAAAAAUCUCCUGAAGAGGAAGAACCAAUUCCACCACCAACACUCUCAUCGACACCAAGAAAUCUUGUGCCAACCUUGAACUUUAAUAAUGAAGAGUUCAAAAGAACUACUGAGGAUAUUAUUAAUGGAAAUAUAUCUUCACUACUUUCCAAUGAUUCUGCCUAUAGUUUUGAAUCUUCUGAAGAUACAUCCUCUAGUUUACAAGUAUCGACUGUUAAUAUUCUAGGAAGUAUUGAUAAUUUGAGAGCAACAGUAACAAGCCCAACAGGAGCUCUCUCUCCAGGCUCACAAGAAUAUAACACAACCAUUGCUCCAGAAUAUGAGGUUGGAGACGAUGAGGAAAGUAUUGUGACUGUUGUUGAAUACAUUCCUCUCACAAAUUUUGGAGAAGUGAAACCAAAGCAACUCUAUUCAUUUGUUUUAGAACAAUUUAUCAAUAAUCACAAUUUGGAUGAUCAAAAAUGUGCUGAAUAUUUUGAGAAUUUCAUAAUUGGAUACUUGGCAUUCUGUAAGGAAGCCGAUGAGUCAAAGAAUGAAGAAUUGAAAGAAUUUGCCAACUUUUCAGAACAUGAUAUUCCUAAAAUGAGAGAUUUUGAAAAACCAAAAUGUUACCUUUUGCAUCAAAGUGCCAAGAAAAAUCGGUCAUCUCUUAUUUUCCUAUUGGUGACCAAGUAUCAAUGUUCUAUUGAUGCUGAAGAUGAAUUGGAAUCAACUCCACUUCACUGGGCAACUUCUCACAGAGCCAUUGAUUCGAUUCUUGUAUUGUGUCAAUUGGGAGGUAAAAUUAACAUUAGAGACAAGUAUGGCAAGGCACCAAUUCAUCUUCUCUUUGCAAAGGCAUUCUAUGAUGAAGAACAUUUCGAAAUGGAAACCUGUAAGGUCAAAGACAAACCAGCAGCUGAAAAGAUUUGUAGAUAUUUACUUCAAAAUGGAGCUAAUCCUGAUGUGAAGGAUAACAAACAUCAAACACCUCGAAUGUUAGCUGCAGAAAAUGAUUUACAAAUUUCCUUUGGUAAAAAGAGAAAGUAAAAAGAAAUUAAGAAGAAUAAAUAAUUAAUUUAAUAAU